GGAAGAAAGAAUAAUAGCAUAUAUGAGCGACCGAGCAGGUGAUGAAAAGUCAUCGUUUUCCCUGCGAUUUCGCUCUGGUCGGCGUUCACUACUAGGGUUCAUAUGAGCACCUCUCAUUCGAUCUCUCUUCUCUUCCUCUUUCUUCGUUUCUCAGGUUAACGUCUGUUCCAUUGACAGAAGAGGGAAGUGACUAUUUGUAAGCUGUGAGUUUGUUUAAGGAAACAAUUGGUGAGUUUGUACUUUCUAUGCGAAAUCAAAUAGAUUGAGGUACUUUUGAGGAUUUGGUUUAUUUGCAAUGGCCUGGUUUAGAGCUGGUUCUAGUGUGGCAAAGCUUGCCAUUCGGAGGACUUUGUCGCAGGGUGGUUCACAUGCAGCAAGAGCUCGGGUUAUUCCAUCUCAAAAUCGAUAUUUUCAAACGACUGUUUUCAGAUCAAAUGCACAAUCUGCACCUGUUCCUCGACCUGUUCCACUCUCCAGGUUAACUGAUAGUUUCUUAGAUGGGACUAGCAGUGUUUACCUAGAGGAGCUUCAGAGGGCUUGGGAGCACGACCCAAACAGUGUAGAUGAGUCGUGGGACAAUUUCUUUAGGAACUUUGUUGGCCAGGCAGCCACAUCACCUGGGAUUUCAGGCCAAACUAUUCAAGAGAGUAUGCGGUUGCUGUUGCUUGUGAGAGCUUACCAGGUUAAUGGUCACAUGAAAGCCAAGUUGGACCCAUUAGGUUUGGAACAGAGGGAAAUUCCUGAGGAUUUAGACCUUGCUCUUUAUGGCUUCACAGAAGCAGAUCUUGAUCGAGAAUUUUACCUCGGUGUUUGGAGGAUGGCUGGGUUUUUGUCGGAGAAUCGUCCUGUGCAAACCCUUAGGGCAGUAUUAACAAGGCUUGAGCAGGCUUACUGCGGAAGUAUUGGCUACGAGUACAUGCACAUUGCUGAUAGGGACCAGUGUAAUUGGUUGCGAGAUAAGAUUGAGACUCCAACACCAAUGCAAUACAAUCGGCAGCGUCGUGAAGUUAUACUUGACAGGCUAAUGUGGAGCACUCAGUUUGAGAAUUUCUUGGCUACUAAGUGGACUGCAGCCAAGAGAUUUGGGCUUGAAGGUGGUGAGACUUUGAUUCCCGGCAUGAAGGAGAUGUUUGAUAGAGCGGCAGAUCUUGGGGUUGAAAGCAUAGUUAUUGGAAUGUCACACAGAGGGAGAUUGAACGUUCUGGGUAAUGUUGUUAGAAAGCCACUGCGUCAAAUAUUUAGUGAGUUUAGUGGUGGUACAAAGCCAGUGGACGAAGUUGGGCUUUACACAGGAACAGGCGAUGUCAAGUAUCACUUAGGAACUUCUUAUGAUCGGCCAACUAGGGGUGGUAAGAGAAUUCACUUGUCUCUGGUUGCAAAUCCGAGUCACUUGGAAGCUGUGGAUCCAGUUGUGGUAGGGAAAACAAGAGCGAAACAGUACUACUCCAAUGAUGUGGAUAGAACAAAGAAUAUGGGUAUUCUGAUUCAUGGGGAUGGUAGCUUUGCAGGGCAAGGUGUGGUCUAUGAGACCCUGCAUCUUAGUGCUCUUCCUAAUUACACUACUGGUGGGACCAUACACAUUGUGGUGAAUAAUCAAGUGGCCUUCACAACUGAUCCGAAGGCGGGAAGAUCUUCCCAGUACUGUACCGAUGUUGCCAAAGCCUUAAAUGCUCCCAUUUUCCAUGUCAACGGUGAUGAUAUGGAAGCAGUUGUUCAUGUCUGUGAACUUGCAGCAGAGUGGCGUCAGACAUUCCACUCGGAUGUAGUGGUUGACAUAGUCUGUUAUCGUCGGUUUGGGCACAAUGAGAUUGAUGAGCCAUCUUUCACUCAGCCCAAAAUGUAUCAGGUCAUUCGGAAUCAUCCCUCCGCACUUGAGAUUUACCAGAAGAAACUUUUAGAAUGUGGUCAGGCGACUAAAGAAGACAUAGAUAGGAUUCACAACAAGGUCAACACAAUUUUGAAUGAGGAAUUCUUAUCCAGCAAAGAUUAUGUCCCACAAAGAAGGGACUGGCUUUCAGCAUAUUGGCUUGGAUUUAAGUCCCCUGAACAGCUUUCACGUAUCCGUAACACUGGGGUAAAACCUGAGAUUUUGAAGAAUGUUGGGAAAGCAAUAACAACCCUUCCAGAUACUUUUAAGCCUCAUAGAGCUGUGAAGAAGAUUUUUACAGAUCGUGCAAAGAUGAUUGAAACCGGUGAAGGAAUUGACUGGGCGGUUGGAGAAGCCCUUGCUUUUGCUACAUUACUUGUAGAAGGUAAUCAUGUCAGAUUGAGUGGUCAGGAUGUUGAGAGAGGGACUUUUAGUCAUCGGCAUGCUGUAGUUCAUGAUCAGGAGACUGGGGAAAUGUACUGUCCUUUGGACCAUGUUAUGAUUAACCAAAAUGAGGAGAUGUUUACAGUCAGCAACAGUCCUGAAUUGUAG